AUCCUUGAAAUUGCUACAAACAUUAUCCGCUCUCGGAAACAGAGGAUUUCCUCUCCUCCAUUGUUGAAAACCUCCAACUUUCCCCACUGUAAAACACACUAAAAAAUGGCGGUCUCAAUUUCGUCACUCACAUCAUCCUUCGCUUCACUGUCAUUCACCUCCAACCUCACUCCCAAACCCCAAACCUUACCCAUGGCGCGCACCAAACCCUUCUCAUUAUCCAACCCAGCGGUCGUCAAACCACUUGUCAUCACCGCAACAUCCGCCACCGCACCGGUGGAAGUAGCUGAGACUGCCGACCUUGAGAAGUUUGUCAAGUCGCGUCUUCCGGGCGGGUUCGCAGCACAGACAGUAAUUGGCACCGGAAGGCGAAAAUGCGCCAUUGCUAGGGUUGUUCUUCAAGAAGGAACUGGAAAAUUUAUUAUUAAUUACCGUGAUGCUAAGGAAUAUCUUCAAGGAAACCCACUGUGGCUGCAAUAUGUGAAAACCCCCUUGGCUACUUUGGGUUAUGAAACGAACUAUGACGUCUUUGUUAAAGCACAUGGUGGUGGGCUUUCUGGUCAAGCACAAGCAAUAUCUCUUGGUGUUGCCAGGGCAUUGUUGAAGGUCAGUGCAAGUCAUAGAGCACCUCUCAAACAAGAGGGUCUUCUGACUAGAGAUUCCAGGAUAGUGGAGAGGAAGAAACCUGGUCUCAAGAAAGCUCGCAAAGCUCCUCAAUUUUCAAAACGUUAAGGAUGUUUACUAGCAGAGCCAAGUCAACAGAAGAAAGUCCAGGGAAGGCAAGUGAAGCUAUGCUCAAGUGGAUUAAGUUUCCUAAAGCUAACUCUGAUAUAUUCGGAAACAUUUUUUUGGUACUUUCACAUUCUGUUAUAUGUAACUGGCACUUCCCUUUUUUGCCUUUGAUAUCAUGAGUGGGAAUAGAUGCUUACUGUAUAUGUUUAUCGAAGGGUGUAAUCUUAUACGUACCAUCGUAUGGUGAGUGAAAAAUGUCCUCCUAAUGCUCAA